AUGAAAUCGACCUCCUCUACCACCUACGGAGCACAUCUGCAACGAUUUGCUUGGCCAUGGCGCAGUUGUGCAGCCUUGCAUCUUUGCGCUUCCGUGGUUGCGAGAUCAUCUAAGUCUCCUCUCCGUUAUUUUGAUACUCCAUGCCCCGUUAACCAGUGUACCUGGUUUGAGGUCGGGGACUCGCUCGGCCUUUUGAUGUACCAGACCCAGUGUAGGCUCAGUUCGACCCCGGCCCUCCCACACCCUCCGGUGAUGCGCACACGACCACCAGUUUAUUGCAUCCAUACGGUGUUAAACGCUUGGCUACGGUACUUUACCUACAUGAUUGAAGUCGAAAAUGUGCAUAUGCUUGAGGUUUCCACUGAUUAUGACAAAAGAUCUAGGCUCCGAAAGUUAUAG